AUGUCGAGCAAGUCUUGGUAUGCCCUCAAGUCAAAGGCCAUACCUACCCGAUAUGGCUUGACCAAGAAUAUCCAGGUGCUUCUUCAAGGCUUGGAGAGCUUUCACGCAGGACACAUCGAUGCAAGGGAACUAGGAAGCAUGGUUCGACUAAGCCCUCGACGUCGAGAAUCGGUGGCUGGAACAAUAGCCAAGUGCGCGCGUAUGAUCAAAAAAGACCCCCAAGAAUCUAAGACAUGUGUCGACAUCAUUGAGAUGUGCACCGAGAUCCUCGAGAUUGCUGAUCGACCGCCACCUAUCGAGGGCUUUCCUUUCAUGAGAUUACCUGCCGAGAUUCGCGAGCACAUUGUCGACUUGAUGGUCGAUACCGUCUUCCGAUCGAAGGUUAUCAAACCUGGUAUACGAAAAGUUACCUGCAAUUGUCCGCAGCUCGAGCGGGAGUUUGAGCCCUACCAGACCUCUCAGAUGAAGGCCCAGAUGAAGGCCUUGCCAUCUGUUAUGGGUCCAGCACUCAACCACGAAUUCUUUCGUAUCUUCUUUCGAAAGAAGACUGUUCGAUUCCGCUGCUGUUGUGAACUUCUAUCCCAUCUCGAUAGCAACCCACUGCUCGUACAGAAUGUUCGCAAUAUCAAGGUUCACUGGUGUGGACCAAAGUCGGCAAUCACUUUCAAGAAGCUGGCCGAAUGCGACAGGCUUGAGGGAUUGACUGUCAGCAUUUCGAAGUCCACCCUUGCGCACCUCAGUCCUAGAAACGAUUUGAUGAAAACGUUCUUCCCUCUCACUUAUCGACAUGUGAGAAUAACGGAUGUUCUUGGCUUGGAUGAGCUAUUGACCAUUCGGGGUCUGAAAGAAGUGGCGGUUGUCCAUGUCCAAUCCAAGGGCACCAACCUCACGGUAGAAACAGACAGAGCCAACCUCUCAGAGUUACUGGCUCAUCAACUCAAGAAAGAUAAGGGCUAUAAUUUGCUUGACGACUUCUAG